AUGUCUCAAGCAGCACACAGCGGCAGAAAGCCACGGGUGGUCGCCCUCGGCACCCCCAAAUUCGUCGGCGACGACUACCUAGCCGAGUUUAAGAAGGACUUUGACUACGCUCAGGUCCUCGAUGUGAAGAACCAUCAGGAAACAUUGGAGAGACUGCCGGCUAUGAUCAAGGAACAUGGCCCUAUCGAUGCCUUCAUUAUUCGGAUGGGCAGAGGUCCUUACCAUCCAUUCAACGAGGCCAUGUUUAAACCCCUCACCCCGCACUGCCGCAUUAUCGCGUCAGCGGCCGCCGGCUACGACGACUUCGACAUCGACUGGCUAACGCGGAACAAUAUCUGGUUCUGCAACAGCCUCGAUGCGGUUGCAGAGGCCACAGCCGACAUGGCCUUCUUCUUGACUCUCGCCGUGAUACGGGACACAUCCCGGGCGGAGCGCUGUGCGCGCGAAGGCCUGUGGAAGGAUCCUGUUGUUCCCAGCAAGGACCCGUCGGGAAUGACGCUGGGCAUUGUCGGCAUGGGUGCCAUUGGCAAGCAUCUGGCGAGACGGGCGGCCGCAUUCAACAUGCGGAUCAAGUACCACAACCGCCGGCAAUUGGGUGCAGACGACGAGGCCAAGUACAGUGCGACAUACUGCGCGUCCCUGCAUGAGCUGCUCAGCCAGUCCGAUGUCGUGUCAAUAAACUGCCCACUGAAUGCCGAGACGACAAAUCUCAUCUCGACCAAAGAGUUCGCAGCGAUGAAGGAUGGAUCAUUCAUCGUCAACACGUCUCGUGGCCCUGUGAUUGACGAGCCGGCUCUCAUUGAAGCUUUGGAGAGCGGCAAGAUUGCACGGGCUGGGCUUGAUGUGUUUUGGAACGAGCCAAACAUCAACGAGUACUUCAAAAUCAGCGACAAGGUCACUAUUCAGCCUCAUGUGGGAGGAUUGACCGAUGCGGCGUUUCAAAGGGGUGAGAGGGAGUGCUUUGAGAACAUCAAGGCAUUAUUCAAGACCGGACGUCCGGUUGCUCCAGUAAAUGAGGUAGCUUAA